UUUUCGGAGAAGGAGCGCGCGCGAGGGAGAGAGAGAGAGAGAGAGAGAGAGAGAGCGCGCACGCGAGAGAACGUCCGUUAUCAGAAGACCCGCAGCUCAAACAAAAAUAGAGAAGAAGAGGGCUUACAAACAAACGAGGCAAAACAGAGGGUCGAGUGUGUGUGACACCUGACCUAAGACCUAGCUCUAGUUGUGUAGCUAGCUAAGGGCUAAGGCAAGCUGUAUCAAAAGAGAGUGUCAAUAAUCUAACCGAGGAGAGAGAGAGAGAGAGAGAGAGAGAGAGAGACACAGACACAGACACACACACACAGACAGAGGGAGAGAGACAUGGCUACGACGACCUGCACUCGAUUUACGGACGAAUAUCAGCUAUACGAAGAGCUCGGGAAGGGAGCGUUUUCAGUGGUGAGGCGAUGUGUGAAGCUGUGCACAGGCCAAGAGUACGCUGCCAAAAUCAUCAACACCAAAAAACUCUCGGCCAGAGAUCAUCAGAAGCUCGAACGAGAGGCUCGAAUCUGUCGACUGCUCAAGCAUCCAAAUAUCGUUCGACUUCAUGACAGCAUAUCAGAGGAAGGCUUCCACUACCUUCUGUUUGACCUGGUGACCGGGGGAGAGCUGUUUGAAGACAUCGUCGCCAGAGAGUACUAUAGCGAGGCUGACGCCAGUCACUGCAUCCAUCAGAUUCUAGACAGUGUCAAUCACAUUCACCAACAUGACAUAGUGCACAGGGACCUGAAGCCAGAGAACCUGCUCCUGGCCAGUAAGUGUAAGAACGCUGCAGUCAAGCUGGCUGAUUUUGGACUGGCCAUCGAGGUGCAGGGAGACCAGCAGGCAUGGUUUGGGUUUGCAGGGACACCAGGGUAUCUGUCCCCUGAGGUGUUAAGGAAGGAGGCAUAUGGAAAACCUGUGGACAUCUGGGCCUGUGGUGUGAUCCUCUACAUUCUGCUGGUUGGUUAUCCUCCGUUCUGGGACGAGGACCAGCACAAACUCUACCAGCAGAUUAAAGCUGGGGCUUAUGAUUUUCCAUCUCCAGAGUGGGACACAGUCACUCCUGAAGCCAAAAACCUCAUCAACCAGAUGUUGACCAUCAAUCCAGCCAAGAGAAUCACAGCACAGGAGGCUCUUAAACACCCAUGGGUUUGCCAACGUUCUACAGUGGCCUCCAUGAUGCACAGACAAGAGACAGUGGAGUGCCUGAAGAAGUUCAACGCAAGAAGGAAACUCAAGGGCGCUAUCCUGACUACCAUGCUGGUGUCCCGAAACUUCUCUGCAGCCAAGAGUUUGCUGAAUAAGAAGGCUGAUGUCAAGAAGAGGAAGUCAAGCUCAACCGUUCAGUACAUGCCCCAGACCAACAGCACCAAAAACAGCAUAGUCACGAGCCCCAAAGGAAACCUUCCCUCUCCUGCACUGGAAGCUCAGACCACUGUUAUACAUAAUCCAUUGGAUGGGAUUAAGGAAUCAUCUGACAGCAGCAAUGCCACAGUGGAGGAUGAAGACAUGAAAGGAAAGAGUGUUGAUAACAGCUCAGGUCAAACCCAGUCAAACCCCAGCUUCCAGGGAGACCACACAGUUCAGGGUCCUGCCCCUCCUGUCUUCUCUUCCACCAAGCUCUCGGACCUGCUGGGUGUGGUACGCAGGGGCUCAGGCCCUGCGACUGAUGGUGAGGGGAGCGCCAGUACCCCCUCCCCCACCCCCCAAACCCCCAACAUUCCCUUGCAGAUGUCACGUCUGACAGAUCUGGUGAGCAGCGUGCGCAAGAGUUCAGUCCCCCAGACCGAUGCCGACUCAGCUACACCCAGUCGACCACACACUGCCCCGAACCCUGUUCCUGCUCCAAACCCAAUUACUGCCUCAUCCCAAUUUUCCCAAUCCUCCCCUCCUCCCCCACAGCCCUCCUCCAGCCCCCUGCCUGCACUACACUCACGCAAACAGGAGAUCAUUAAAAUCACUGAACAGCUUAUUGAGGCCAUUAACAAUGGAGACUUUGAAGCUUAUGCUAAAAUCUGUGAUCCUGGUUUGACCUCAUUUGAGCCGGAGGCUCUGGGGAACCUGGUGGAGGGCAUGGACUUCCACAGAUUCUACUUCGACAACUUAUUGUCUAAGAACAGCAAGCCCAUCCACACCACCAUCCUGAACCCUCACGUGCACCUGAUCGGUGAAGACGCCGCCUGCAUAGCCUACAUCCGCUUGACGCAGUACGUGGAUGGGCAGGGCCGGCCACGCAGCAGCCAAUCAGAGGAGACGAGGGUGUGGCAUCGCCGGGACUCCAAGUGGCAGAAUGUCCAUUUCCACUGCUCGGGAGCUCCUGCCGCUCCACUGCAGUGAAGGGACAGGUUUGGUCUAGCCACGUGCGACAAGAGCGUCCAGCCAGAGAGGGAGAGAGAAAGGAAGGGAGAGGGAGGAAGGAGAGGAAGUCCAGUGUCAGUGCCUGACCCUUCCACACUGGGCUCCGCCCCUUCGCCUGUCAAUCACGUCUCUGUGCAAUGUCCACCCCUCCCCCUCCCUUGUUCCCCCUCCCACUGUGUUGCCACACCCGUUCUGUGUGCGAACGAGCCGAGUGAGGUGAUCUCUGACUGUCCGUGACGCGUCACGCUUUCUCUCUCACUGUCUCAGUGCGGAUGGCGAGCCUGUGUGUUCACCCAUUUUUAAUAUUCAUAUUAAUCAUUGAUAUUAUUACUGUUGUUUAUUAAUAUGAUUACUACACAGAAGCAAUCGUGUGUCAUUUGUACAGUUCAUAUUUUGGAUGCUAGUGGUUUUUUUUUUUUUAUAUAUAUAUAUAGAUAGCAUGACACUCGCUGUAUCCACGGUGGUUGUUUCUAUAGUAACAGAGGUGGCGAGUUGAAGCACAGCGUUUGGUGUGGGAUGAUUCAAAGCUCGACUACACGUGUGUGUGUGUGUGUGUGUGUGUGCGUGCGUGUUGGGGUAGAGCUAAACAGAGCGAUACACAGCGAUGUGUUUGGGGUCUUCCAGUCUUUUGUUCUGCCCUUUGAAACAAUGCGAUAAUUCGCCGUAGCUUCUGAAUCAGCUCUUCUGCCUUUUGUAACUUUAGGCGGAUCAAUUCAAUCAGACUUCGCUGCGACCUAACGUAAAGACUCAUGACUAAGGAACAUCACUAAAGAAUCUCUGUGCUUACUUAUCGUUGCGUACUUAAACCUGAUCUCAGCAGCUCUGACACUGACUGCAAUAUCAGUAUUAAAACAGCCCAUCAAACGUUUCUCCAUACUCAGCUGAACACAUUACUGAACUGUAUUAAAGACUGUGUGUGUGUACAUUAUAAGCCAUAAUCCAGCUAAAGGUGCUACAUAUCAGUCUAGCCUGCAUCUGCAUGCCCUGGUCUUGUCCUAACGGCACAAACAGCACAUACAUGGGUUCCUAAUAUCGGCUAAAAGCUGAUGCUAAAAAACCGAUUUAUAAUUAAGGCCUAUUAGGUGAGGCAGGAUGUAGCAAAACCCUUGAGGCUGUGAGUGAAGAUCUGAAUUUUCAUUUGAAAACUGUGUGGGGGUUUUUUUUUCUUUUUUUUUUUCCUUUAUCAUUUCUAAUUUUGUCACAAGGAUUGGAUGUUAUCCUGUUGUGUUUAACUAUAAGUGUAUAUCUUAAGGUUAAGGUUAAAUAAGGUUAAGGAUAAAAAUAUAGCUCUCUCACUAUAUAUAAAACAUGACUUUUUGUUUUUCUUUUCGAAGGAUUGUGUUUGUACAUGAAAGAAAGUUGCUACGCUGGAAGAGAAGGGAUGAUCUGAGUCUAAGGUAUUGUUAAGUGACAAACUUAUCAAAGAGAUACGUACGUCAGGGAAAUUUUUGUAAUACGAGGAGUUUGAAAGUUCGAUUCUCUUUACAUGAAGUGUACUUAAGAAAGAUAACGUAUACCACGUCCAGAAGAGCCGGGCCGUACGCCGGCGUUAGUCGGCUUUCGAGUUGCAGCUGAGCGCGAGGGAUUCAAAUAUGAGAGAAGCCUAACGAUCAGGCGAACGAGAGACCCUUUUGUCCUUGAAACGAGGCUGUUUCAGAGGCUUAUUCAUCGUUUGUGUCCUCAGGUCGUAUUUAUUUAUUUAUGUAUUUAUUUAUUUAAGUAUUUUAUCUACAUUUUUUUUUUGGUCAUGCUUUUUAACUUCUGUCCUUUUGUACAGCCUUUUUUUUUCCACUCACGAGCGAAUUUUAUUGUCAUUGUUUUACAGUGUAGUGACAAUAUCAGGCUUUAGUGAAUAUUGUUAUUAAUCUUUGAGCUUUUACAGCUUUGAUGGGCACUUUUAUUUUCCUUGAAGCCCCUUUUACAGAUCCUACAGUGAAUCAUUUAAAAAGGAGUCGUAUUUGUGAACUGGAGCGACCCCAUAAGACAAUCAGGAUGGGUAUCUGUUUUGGCUCUAGUGCUGUGCUUCGGGCCGGGUGUAUUUUAGAGUUAAUUCUCUGUGGAUCCCUUUUGUGUCCCACUCUGGAUGGCUCAUCUCGUCUCUUGUCUUGACACAAAGUGAUAUGAGACUAGUACAUAUGUUUAUAUAUGUGUGCUAUAAAAAAAAAAAAAAUACCCCCACAAGGUCACUCCGUGAAUAUUAUUUCAAAAAAAAAAAAACAUAACUAAACAGCAUGUAAAAUGUACUAAUGUUCUUCUUUAAUGUGUGUUUACCAUUGAAAAUAAUCAUGUAAAAUAAGUGAUGCACAUUAUUACUAUUAAACAGGACACACAGUAUUAAAGCGGCAGUUUACUAGCGUUUUAGCCGGACUUUCUUUGCAUGACAAGUCACUCAAACAAGAAGUUUGGUGUUCCUUCUCUUUCUUCUUUCUUUUUUUUGGGGGUUAUUUUCAUUUUCUAUUGAAUGCUGGUUAUUUAAACCUUUCUCUUAUCUAUUUUCCAAGCUUUGUAAGUGCAUAAAAAUAUUUUUGUCUCGAGAUGAAUAUUAUGUAAACGAAAAAGGUGUAAUAAACACUGAAAUCAAGAUUCUAAAAUCGGUGAUAAUAUUUCAAGGCAUGCUUUUUUUUUUUUUUUUGUAUUCAAGCUCCUUGUCGUCAGUGCAGGUGGCUGAUGUGAUGUCUGAAUGAACAGGAACCGAACGGAGGAUUUGGAUUCGCGUUCAGCAUGAAUAAUUGCGUUACUCUGUUGGAUAGACACUGAAGUAAUUAUAGUGAUUGUGCUUAAUACACUUAGACCUGUGGAGUGAAAUCCCAGUUGCUCUUAUUCAUCAGGGAAGUGGAGAUGUAGACGUACUUGCUUUCAGGAUGCUCGUAAGAGUCAUCAGUUACGAAACAGUGGAGAAGUUGAAUCUGAUGUGAAUGAUGUAGUAAUAUUACCUGCACUGAUAACGCAAACCACUCGACUCGGUUGUUUUAGUACCGUAUCGUUUCACUCCGUUCCUAAUUCCCUGCUGUUCUUCCGUUUCACCUAGUUACUCUGAAGUUGAAGUCUUCACGGUAGCCCGCUGUCUGUUUUGGGUUCCUGUAUAAGAUAUUAUACUCUUUUAUUUCUCUGAUUAUUCUUACUCUUAUUGUUGCUCUGUUCUCAAACUUGCUAUGUGUUACCUGACUUAAGGAAAUGUGUUCAAGUGUUCGAAAUAAAAAUGAAGAUUUAAAUACUAAA